AUGCCCCUUAUAGCUCCAGCCCCUCAUAUCUCCAGCCCCCAUAGCUCCAGCACUGCACAGCUCCAGCACCCGACAGCUCAUGCCCCUUAUAGCUCCAGCCACUCACAGCUCCAGUCCCUCAUAGCACAAGACGUCACUGUAUUCUCCAGCCCCCAUAGCUCCAGCCCCUCAUACCUCCAACCCCUCACAGCUCCAGCCCCUCACAGCUCCAGCCCCUCAUAUCUCCAGCCCAUCAUAGCUCCAGCCCCCAAAGCUCCAGCCCCUCACAGCUCCAGCCCCCAUAGCUCCAGCCCCCAUAGCUCCAGCACUGCACAGCUCCAGCCCCUCACAGCUCCAGCCCCUCAUAUCUCCAGCCCCUCAUAUCUCCAGCCCCCAUAG